UCUAAAGCUUGAUUGGAUCAAUGUGACAAAUUUAUAAUGGCGGUGUUGACUGUUGACAUUUGGCUGACGUUUAUUUAGCAAACACAAACUAUUUUGAGUAUGUUAUGCGAGGCACUUGCUAAUUUAUAAUAAUUUUAAUGUAACAUGGCAGUAAUGGAAGGUUCUCUAAGUAAAUGGACCAAUGUUAUGAAAGGAUGGCAAUACCGGUGGUUCGUGCUAGACGACAACUCUGGAUUACUCUCCUAUUAUACGUCAAAAGAAAAAAUGAUGCGAGGAGUUCGAAGGGGAUGUGUUCGAUUAAAAGGUGCUAUAAUAGGAAUCGAUGAUGAAGAUGACAGCACUUUCACCAUUACAGUCGAUCACAAAACAUUUCAUUUUCAAGCAAGGGAUGCCGAAGAACGGCAUAAAUGGGUGCAAGCGUUGGAAGACACGAUUAUUAGACAUGCCAGUCGAACAAAGUGGGAUUCAUUUCAUGUGUCGCCUACAAUUAAGGAUCUGGAUAAUAAAGUUUCGGAAGCUGAUGCAUAUCUACAACUUAUGAUUGAACAAACUAAGCAAUUGGAAGAGAGAAUAAUUUCAUUCACCGACCUUGAUGAAAAGACGAAAUGCGAGACAAUCUUGGAGCAUGCAAAUGUAAUGCUGGAUAACAUCAAGCAUUCCAUAGUCCUGCUUCAAAUUGCAAAGAAUACCGCACAUCCCAUCAAUGGUAUUUACCAUCCAAUACCCGGAAAAUCAAACAGUGUCUCUUCGAUUCAUGAUGGUAUGUUCAUAUUAUAUCCUUUGGAUGUGGUUCCUGGGGAAGCUGUUAUUCAACAAGGAAUCGAACUGGGUUCUGAAUGCAUGGAAGAUGGACGGAGAAAAAUUAGAACAAUACAUAAUGUGCAAUACUGGUACAUGUUGGGGCAAUUCGGCUAUUUUUCUCUUCCGCGAUACAGCAAUCAGCUGAUCGACCUUGGGGGCGACCCAUUGACGGCGUGGUCGCCCUGA